AUGGGCCGAGCACCUGCAGCUGGCUACCCCGAAGAGAAGAUGCAGAGCUCCCAGGGCCGCCCUGGACCAGCUGUCCGACCGAGCGAAGGGAAAAAGGUGAAGCACGUGAGAAUAGGGAAUGCCAAUGUCGCCCGUCGAUUCUUGGUCUCAAACACAGUUGGUGUGUCGCCAGACGACUACGGAUACCAUGGGGACGAGCUCUUCACGCUUCGCUUGAGAAAUGAGUUGGGCAAAAAAUCUUUCGUCUCGGCUCGAUGUACACCGUCAAGCCCCCCUGACGCGAAGCUUCCAAAAGACUACAUCAGCCUGAACAAACUCCAGCGAAACUGGGUCCGUAUCACUGAAAAUCAAGACGAAGAGAUGACGGCCGAAGAGUACAGUGGGCUCCCGGCCCUAGUUGGAUUAGACAUCGAAGCCAGAUUCGCAAACACGAAGGAUCCUAAACUGACGUUCCGUGAGGAUGACAUGAAAGCUCAAUUCCAAAAAACGUACGCCAAUACGGUCUUUGCACCCAAGCAGCAAUUGUGGAUGGACUUCGGUGGCACCAUGUUGUUGCUCUUCGUGAAGACAGUUCAUAUACUAGGGAAACACUCUUCGAAAUCGACAUCGGAUCCCAACUCGCCAGGGAUCCUGCCCUCCCAUGGCUGCGACGAGAUCUGGUUUCAAUGGGUUGACAUCGAGGAGACGAAACACCAAUUCGUUCGGUCGAUUAAUAGGCCUCAUUCGAAUGCUAUCCUUCGUCCCGAUUUCAAGUUCGCCGACAUGGGCAUAGGGGGGCUUGACGAUGAGUUCAGUGUCAUUUUCCGACGUGCCUUUGCCUCCAGAGUCUUCCCCCCGGGUCUCGUGGAACAGAUGGGCAUUUCCCACGUCAAAGGCCUCCUACUUUAUGGGCCUCCGGGUACCGGAAAGACUCUCAUUGCCAGACAGAUAGGCAAGAUGCUGAAUGCACGGGAGCCAAAGAUCAUUAAUGGCCCCGAAAUUCUUAACAAAUUCGUGGGUCAGUCGGAAGAAAACGUUCGGAAAAUGUUUGCCGAUGCAGAGAAGGAGUACAAGCAGAAGAAAGAAGACAGUGACUUGCACAUCAUCAUCUUCGACGAGUUGGAUGCCGUUUGCAAGCAGAGAGGGAGUGGAGCGGGUGGAGGUACCGGUGUUGGCGACAGCGUAGUCAACCAACUCCUCUCCAAGCUGGAUGGCGUUGAUCAACUCAACAACAUCCUUCUCAUCGGCAUGACCAAUCGGAAGGACCUGAUCGAUGACGCUCUGCUUAGACCGGGCCGUCUUGAAGUUCACGUGGAAAUCUCACUGCCAGAUGAGAAUGGCCGCAUACAGAUCCUCAAUAUUCACACCGCGAAGAUCCGAGCCGUCAACAAGUUGGCCGACGAUGUGGACUUGAACGAGCUUGCCCGCUUAACCAAGAACUACUCCGGAGCCGAGAUUUCUGGUCUCGUCAAGGCCGCUCUUUCGUAUGCCUUUACCCGACACACAAAGCUGGGUGAUGUCACAGGCGUCAGUGGAAACCCAAACGAUGUGAUGCUCAAGCGUGGGGAUCUCAUGAAGGCUCUUGACGAUGUCAAGCCAGCUUUUGGUGUUUCGGAAGAGGAACUUACCAACGCGUCGCCUUAUGGAGUGAUCCAUUACAGCCCUCAUAUCCAGUCGAUCCUCUCCACUGGCCUCAGUUUUGUCAGGGCUACCAAAACGUCCGAAAAGUCUCCCCUCUUCUCCAUAUUACUUUACGGGCCUCGUGGAGCGGGCAAGACAGCUUUGGCCGCAGAAAUUGGGUUAAAAUCCGAGUUCCCAUUUGUCAAGGUUGUUAGCUCCAAAGAUCUCGGGACGAAUGAAGCUACCAGGCUCGAGCACCUACGUCGUACGUUCUCCGACGCGUACAAGUCAGCUCUCAGCAUCAUCAUCCUUGAUUCCAUUGAGAAGAUUAUCGACUGGAAUCCCAUCGGACCCAGAUUUUCGAAUGCCAUCGCUGGCUACUUGGGAGACGUACUCGAGACGCGGCCCCCGAAGGGACGGAAACUGCUGAUUAUUGCAACUACGAGCCAGCGGUCCAUGUUGGAUCAGCACGGUGUCUUCGAGUUUGACAGAGAGAUAGCCGUGCCGGCCGUCAAAGACCACCGGGAGCUCGAGCAGCUUUUGAUGGCGUCUGGAAAGUUCAGUGGCCCUGAUGACAUCAACGAGGCCCUGACCGAAUUGCAGAACAUCACGGGAACUCAGGACAUUGGUAUCGGCGUCAAAGCAGUGUUCUCGGCGCUGGAAACCGCCUCUGUUAGAGAUUCACUGCCGAUAAGCCUAGCAGAAGAUAUCAGUGCGCUUAUGGCUGCCAGGAACCCUCAAGAAUAUUAG